AUGUCCUGGAAGUUUGGUCCAGAUCGGACGGUCAGAUCGCUCACGAUCACACAAUCGGACGGACCAUCCAACGGUCCAAACCUAGCGAACCCGGAAAAUACGCGAUAUGCAAUAUCCGUUCGGGACUCUAACGAUAUCCAAAUUGAGAUCCGAGCACACCUACGCACUCAUGACAACCUGAGGAUCCCAUUGGGACAAAAAUGCCCCUCAGCUACAGUGCCCACGCGCCGGCAGCGCGUGGGUGUCCAAAGCGAUAACCCAUCGCCGGAAAAACCACAAAUCACGGCUCAAGACUCCUACCCUAGGUAA